GUAUCAUAGCUUGACCCUCAAUUUUCUCUGGACCGCCCCUCAACUUCACGUAGACACCUGAACCCACACCGGACUAUCAACCCAGAUCAACACCAUAAGAUGUCGAACUCAGAACUCCCAGUCAAGGUAGCAGACUGGAAACGACUCGCCCUCUCAAAACGGGUCUCAACAUUCAACAAGAUCCCGAAGGACUGGCUUCUCCCCAUCGAACAGGCCUCGCAAUACACUGAAACGAACCCUAUUUCCGUCCUCGAUGUCCCGCGAACCUGCGGCAUCCUGACGCAGAAAGAACUAGAAAUUACGGAAACCCACGACGCCACCGACCUCGUUGCAUUAAUGGUGAAAGGUGAGCUGAGCAGUAUCGAAGUCACAACAGCGUUCUGCAAGCGCGCAGCCAUCGCCCAUCAAACCACUAACUGCCUGACGGAAAUCAUGAUCGACCAGGCCUUAGCCAGAGCGAACGAGUGUGACGAAUUCCUCAAGAAAGAAGGACGCCCAGUAGGACCGCUCCAUGGCCUGCCCAUCUCGCUCAAAGACUCGUUCAACGUGAAAGGUGUGCAGAGCACGAUUGGUUACGUUUCCUUCAUCACCAAUCCGCCCACGACAACCAAUUCUGCUGUAGUGCAGAUCCUGUUUGAAGCUGGCGCUGUUUUCUAUGUCAAGACGAAUAUCCCGCAGACUAUGAUGACGGCAGACAGUCAUAACAACAUCUUCGGCCGCACAUUGAACCCGCACAACCUCACUUUGACUGCGGGAGGAAGCACGGGGGGUGAAGCAUCGCUGAUUGCUAUGAAUGGCAGUGUCUUGGGUGUCGCGACUGAUAUUGCGGGAUCAAACCGCAUCCCAGCGCUUUGUUGUGGGAUCAGUUCGAUCAAGCCGAGCGCGUCGCGUGUACCGUUUGCGGGCGGUGUGCCGCCAGGACGGUUGGGGAGUCCAGGGCAGAUACUCCCGGUCAUCGGGCCUUGCGGAAGAUCGAUUCGGGACUACGAACUCUUCCUUCGCACAAUUGUUUCCUCUCAGCCCUGGAACCUAGAUCCCAUGGCGCUGAACAUUCCCUGGCGGACGCCAGAUGCCGGGCUUCGGGAGAAGAAGUUGAGGUUUGGGUUGAUCCGCAGUACGCCGAGUAGACCUUUGCAUCCGCCAAUUGCGCGUGCGCUGCAUUCCGCAGCUAUGAGUCUGAAAGCUGCGGGACAUAAUAUCGUGCUGUUGGACGAGAAGAUUGGCGAUAUGUACGCCGAUGUCGAACUGGCGUGGAAGUACUUCAUGCUCGACCCCUCCGGUACACCCUUCCAACACUUGAGAGCCUCAGGCGAGGAUCCCAUCCCGAGCCUGAAGAUUUCUGGCUGGCCGGAGCUCUCCUCCUGGAAACCGAGCUUAGACACGCUAUGGGACAUGAACGUGCAGCGCGCCAGUGUACUGAAGAAGUACCAGAACCUCUUCGUCAGCGAGGGUUUGGAUGCCAUCCUGAUGCCAGGAUACCAGGCCGUGGCGCCGGGACACGACACGUACGGACUGCCAAUCUACACAGCCUUGGUGAACUUGUUAGACUAUCCUGCGGGAAUACUGCCGCAUGGGAAGGCGGAUAAGAACGCGGAUGCGGAAUUUUUGAAGGAGAGUGUGAAGUAUGAGCCAGCUUACAAUUCCGAAGCGGCUGAGGGAAUGCCAGCGCAUAUUCAGGUUGUGGGCAAGCCUCUUAUGGACGAAGAGUUGCUUGAGAUUAUGAUGGUGGUCGAGACGGUGCUGAAAAGGAAUGCGUGACGGAUUUUAAGCUGACCCAGGAGGUCUUCACCAUCAUCAACUCCUCAUUGAUUCAAUAAACAACGCCCUCAACUUUUCGCCUUGGAGUUUCUAAGUCUGAUC